AUGGGUCCUCCUCUGAAGCUCUUCAAAAACCAGAAGUACCAAGACCUGAAGCAGGAAUGCGUGAAAGAUGGCCGGCUUUUCUGUGACCCUACCUUCCUACCGGAGAAUGAUUCUCUGUUUUUCAACCGGCUGCUUCCAGGAAAGGUUGUGUGGAAACGUCCUCAGGACAUUUCUGAUGACCCCCAUCUGAUUGUGGGCAACAUCAGCAACCACCAGCUGAUCCAGGGAAGACUGGGGAACAAGGCAAUGAUCUCUGCAUUUUCCUGUUUGGCUGUUCAGGAGUCACACUGGACAAAGGCAAUUCCCAACCAUAAGGAUCAGGAAUGGGAUCCUCGGAAGCCCGAAAAAUAUGCUGGAAUCUUUCGCUUCCGUUUCUGGCAUUUUGGAGAAUGGACUGAGGUGGUGAUUGAUGACUUGCUUCCCACCAUCAAUGGAGAUCUGGUCUUCUCAUUCUCCACCUCCAUGAAUGAGUUUUGGAAUGCUCUACUGGAAAAAGCGUAUGCAAAGCUUCUGGGCUGUUAUGAGGCUUUGGAUGGUCUGACCAUCACUGAUAUCAUCAUGGACUUCACGGGCACAUUGGCUGAAAUCAUUGACAUGCAGAAAGGUCGCUACACCGAUCUUGUUGAGGAGAAAUACAAGCUGUUUGGAGAGCUUUACAAAACGUUCACCAAAGGAGGUCUAAUUUGCUGCUCCAUUGAGUCUCCCAGCCAGGAGGAACAAGAAGUUGAAACAGACUGGGGUCUACUGAAGGGUUAUACCUACACCAUGACUGAUAUUCGCAAGCUCCGUCUUGGAGAAAGACUUGUGGAAGUCUUUAGUACUGAGAAGCUGUAUAUGGUUCGCCUAAGGAACCCAUUGGGAAGACAAGAAUGGAGUGGCCCCUGGAGUGAAAUUUCGGAAGAGUGGCAGCAACUGACUGUAACAGAUCGCAAGAACCUGGGGCUUGUUAUGUCUGAUGAUGGAGAAUUUUGGAUGAGUCUGGAAGAUUUUUGCCACAAUUUUCACAAACUGAAUGUCUGCCGCAAUGUGAAUAACCCUGUUUUUGGCCGCAAGGAGCUGGAAACAGUGGUGGGAUGUUGGACUGUGGAUGAUGACCCUCUGAUGAACCGAUCAGGAGGUUGCUAUAACAACCGCGAUACCUUCUUGCAGAAUCCUCAGUACAUCUUCACUGUGCCCGAGGAUGGCCAUAAAGUCAUCAUGUCACUGCAACAGAAGGACCUACGCACUUACCGCCGAAUGGGAAGACCUGACAAUUACAUCAUUGGUUUUGAGCUCUUCAAGGUGGAGAUGAACCGAAGGUUCCGUCUUCACCACCUGUAUAUUCAGGAACGUGCUGGGACUUCUACCUAUAUCGACACCCGUACUGUGUUUCUGAGCAAGUAUCUGAAGAAGGGCAACUAUGUGCUUGUUCCAACCAUGUUCCAGCAUGGCCGUACCAGCGAAUUUCUACUGAGGAUCUUCUCGGAAGUGCCUGUCCAGCUCAGGGAACUGACAUUGGACAUGCCCAAGAUGUCUUGCUGGAACCUGGCACGUGGCUACCCAAAGGUGGUUACCCAGAUCACUGUCCACAGUGCUGAGGGCCUGGAAAAGAAGUACGCCAAUGAAACUGUCAAUCCAUAUCUGAUCAUCAAAUGUGGAAAGGAAGAAGUCCGUUCCCCUGUCCAGAAGAAUACUGUGCAUGCCAUUUUUGACACACAGGCCAUUUUCUACAGAAGGACCACUGACAUUCCUAUUAUCAUCCAGGUCUGGAAUAGCAGAAAAUUCUGUGAUCAGUUCCUUGGGCAGGUUACUCUGGAUGCUGACCCCAGCGACUGCCGUGAUCUGAAAUCUCUGUACCUGCGUAAGAAGGGUGGUCCCACUGCCAAAGUCAAGCAAGGCCACAUCAGCUUCAAAGUUAUCUCUAGCGAUGAUCUCACUGAGCUCUAA